AUGAACAGGCGUGUAUUGAGCAUUCAAUCCCACGUAGCAUAUGGCUAUGUCGGCGGGAAGGCAGCUGUGUUUCCAUUACAGUGCCUGGGAUAUGAUGUAGAUGUAGUAAAUACAGUCAAUUUUUCAAACCACAGUGGCUAUGGCAGAUUUGGCGGGCCAAAGGCAAGCGCCCAGGACCUCACAACUAUAUUUGACACGAUGGAUGCCAAUGACUUACUCACCCAGCAGAGGUUGCUUACAGGUUACAUACCCGGUGCGGAGACUCUUUCGGUCGUCGCAAAACUCGUGAAGAAGUUGAAGGCUAGAAAUCCCGAGAUUAUCUAUCUUUUGGAUCCUGUAUUAGGGGACUCCGGUAGAUUGUAUGUGGCCCCGGAUGUUAUACCAAUUUAUAGAGAGCUCUUACCGCAAGCAACAAUUAUCACUCCCAAUUGGUUCGAAGUAGAGACUCUGACGAAUGUACCGAUAAAGGACAUGUCAUCACUCCGGACUGCUCUUACGCUUCUACACAACAAAUAUCUCGUUCCGCAUGUUGUCAUGAGCUCGAUACCAUUACAUGGUUUCCUACGCUUAGCUCUUCCUUCGCAGCUGCUUUCCGAGUCGGCCAUGAAUGGACUUGCGGAGGAUGGUUCUCAUCUCCUUUGCAUUUCAUCUUCCAGCCUUUCUUCAAGUAACGUUUCGAUAGACCACGACGCGUCCCUGCAUAACGCUAAUCUGUCAACGGUCCAUGCUCACACUGUUCCAUGCAUCCCGGGAUAUUUCUCGGGUGUUGGUGACCUCUUUUCCGCGCUAGUCCUUGCACACUUUAAUCCAAACCGAACUUCUGACUCGGGUUCUGUACAAUCUUCUACUUUUCCAACGAAACAGGUCAACGAUGCUCCUCAUACGCCUCUAUCAAUUGCUACAUCGCUUGCUUUAUCCAAAACAUUCGCCUUGCUUAAACUCACCGACGAGCAAGUUUCCACAACCGCAAAUUUCUCACGGACAGACGACGCCACGGACGAGGAGCGCGACCGCACGGAUCCAGAACGCCUUGUGAGGCGCAUGCGGACACGGGAACUACGACUUAUACAAGGCCAAGAUCUACUACGUUCCGUACCGAUCUCCAUGCCAGACACAGGGGAUAUCCGUACCCUGCAGCUUCAUGAGAUGCGUCCCUGGAGCGGAUUUUGGACACAGGCUUCUAUUUCAACGCCAUAG